UUACUCUCAAAAGGAUCUGCCUUCUAUCUUCUAUCCAUCUUCUUAUCUCUCCAUGCUAAGUUUCUGAGUAAAAUCUUAAGGAUGAUAAUAUUUAGCUAGAACUGGUAAAGUAGUUCUUCUAGAGGUUCUGUCUUUGAAGGGUUUUUGAUUGAUUUAGUUGAGGUCUGAUACAUCAAUGAUAGCCAAGAAGUAUAUGGAGCAGUUUUCUAACUCUUUUUCAUCCUAAGUUUCUAUUCAAGUUAAGUUAGUCUUAAGAAAAUAUUUUUUCUUCUCUAAACUUUGGUUAAUUACAUAUUAUCAAGAUGCUGAAAUGAAUAUAAUAUAUAUACUGGAACACCAUCUUAGAUACACUCUUUGGAAUAAAAAAUAGAUGUUAAGUUCAAGGGAUGGAGAAUUGGGCCGAGCUUUAAUGGAAUUGAAGAUUUAAAGUCCAUGUGAAAGUUUUAUCCAAUUGCUAUACAAAUUCCAUCUCAACCCAACCCAAUUGAAACCUAAAAAAAAAAAGAGACAAACAUGAUGGAUAUAAAGAGGAGAGCCGCAUCUCAAAGAAAGGAGGCUGGAAACGGAAAAAAACAGACGUCUUCUGGAUCUCGUCUCCCUAAACUAGCCGACGAAGGAAAGAAAUAUGAAGAAAGAUAUUGGUUAUACUAUUUGUCUUCAAAAGGGGAAAACAGAGCUGGUGCUAGUGCUACUGCAGAGGAAAGUUCUUCAGACAAUGUCCUACUCAUCAAUUUGACGAAAACUGCCAAACGGAAGCAAGUGGUGUCUCCUUCUCUCAGUAUAGAAGCACCACAGAACCUUGUUACAGUGAAUCUUGAAGUGGAUGAUGAGGAUCUUGCAGUCUACAAACCAGUCUUCUCAAAAACCACAGAAGAUCAGGUGGUUCUCACUUCUGAAGCACCGGCUAACUUGGAAGCAACAGCUGAGGAUUUCCAAAUAUUUCCGGAAACCUCAUCUGCCUUUGAAACGGUUCUACCUGAAGCUGCAGUCUCUACUCCACAAAAACAGAACCAGGAAGGAUCAGAUGAAGAACUUCACCAACAUCUCCAGUCUCAAGUCCUUGAGAUUCUCACAACUGCUUGUGAGAUAUCCAACCAGCCUGAACUUGAGAUCCCCGAGAACUCUUCCACUCCUACUCUUGCGGAUGAGGUACCGGAAAUCUGGACAAAGAAGGUCAAAGGGUUGAUUGAAUCAGCCCUAGCAUCUCAACAUGCCUCCUUUAGGCAAGAGAUAGAGCAGAUGGAAGCCAGGCACACCAAGCUGAUAGAGAAAUCUGAAGAGAAACACAGCGGAGAUUUCAAGGAAAUAAGCAAAUCAGUGGAAAAGACUCUAGAGAUCAUCUCUCUAUUGAGGAAAAUUGUGAGCAACACGAUGGACAUAUAUGCCUCUAACAGUCAUCUUCAACUCAAGGAGAUUAACAAAGUCAAAGAGCAAAUAGCAAGCGUCAUAGUUGGUCUACAAAAGCAAAUGUCUGUUCUCCAAAUGGACAUCAGAUCAGCCCUAGCAGUAUCUUCAGCUAAUCAGGUAGUGACCAAAGACUACUUGAAGGUGAUCAUUGACAAUCAGAAGGAAGCAUUCAAACUGUUCAGACCUCUUGGCACAAAUUCUAGAAACCGCAAGAUGGAAGUGAUUCUUCAACAACACAGUCCAUCCUUGAUACCAGAACUCCCCAUUGCAGUCAAAGAAGGAGAAGUCUCUUAUAUUCCUUCUCAUCUGAACAUGACUGAUCUGAUCCUUGAAGCACAGCGAAGUAAUCCGGAGAACUCAGCACAACAUCUAUCCAGCUCAGGACUGGAUGGAACAGAGUUUAUAGGAACAAUUGUUGACCACUUCUCAAAUGAUGUCCAAACAGAGGAAAGACGCAACAAUUUAAGGCGCAUCAAAGAACUGUGUGGAAACAUACAAGGCAUUAGGGAAAACAGAGCUGGCACUAAUGCAAAUGCAGAGGAAAGUUCUUCAGACAAUGUCCUUAUCAUGAGUCUGAAGAAGUCAAUAAAGAGGAAGCAAGUGGUGUCUCCCUCUCCCAGUGCUGAAGCACCACAGAAUCUUGCUCUGGUCAAUCUUGAAGAAGAAGAAGAAAUCUCUAUCCAAAGAGAACUACAAAUGAAAAAGAAGAGGAAUAUCACCUCUCCCUCAACAUCUGGAAAUGUCAACCCGGAUGAGUUGAAUUCUCCAACUUCCUCACAACCUCAAAUUGAUGAUGCUGAGAAUCAAUUCUGGAAGCUCUACUAUGACUGGAGAGCUUGGAAAGUUGGAAAUUCAGCAGAACAGUUGUUGAGUUGGGACCAGCAACUGAAGAAUGAGAAGAUCAUCAAGAAAUGCUUAGGUCUGCCAGUCAACUAUUGCUGUGAGCAAAUCCUGGAUGUUGACUGGGUAUGGCAAAGGAACUAUGAAGAUUUGCAUCUGGAACACUUGGUCACCUCACCAGUUUCAGAAUUUGAGGCUGACGAUGAGGAUCCUGCAGUCUACAGGCCAAUCUUCUCAAAGGCUACAAAAGAUCAGAACCAAGAAGCAUCAGAAGAAGAACUCCAGCAACUUCUCCAAUCUCAAGCUUUAGAGAUUCUCACAACUCCUAGUGAGAUCUCCAAUCCUACUGAAACUGAGAUUCCGGGGAAGUCAGCAGAAAAUCUGGAGAUGUCCAAACCUCCAGAAGCAAAUGAAUUCCAAGAAGAGCAAGCUGUAGAAAUCCAGAGAAGUUCUGCAGAAGCUGAGAAGGAAACUCAAAUGGCUGGACUGGAGACCUCUGAAACUCCAGUAGCUGUGUUUGAGCAGCAGAAUGGAGUUGAAGAAAGAGAUUCCCUCUCUAGGAAAGUCUCAAACUUUAUGCUUGAUGAGACAGAAGAAGAGUCUGAAAGGACAUUGAAGAUUGAUGAUGGAGAAGCUGAGCAAGAAGAUGCUGAAUCUCUCCCUAUGCAACUCUUCCACAGAGCACCUUCUUCACAUCAGGUAACUAACUUUCACUUCCACAGCUCUUCCACAUCCACCCUUCCGGAUGAGGUACCGGAAAACUGGACAAGAAAGGUCCAAGGGUUGAUUGAAUCAGCCCUAGCGUCUCAGCAUGCCUCCUUUAGGCAAGAGAUAAAGCAAAUGGAAGCUAGGCAUAACAAGCUGAUGGAGAAAUUCGAAGAAAAAAGUUGCUUAGAUCUCAAGGAGAUAAGCAAAUCCGUGGACAAGACUCUAGAGAUUAUUUCUCUUUUGAGUAACUCUGUGAGCAACACAAUGGAAGCCUAUGCAUCUAACAGCCACCUACAAUUCAAAGAAAUCACUAGAAUCAAGGAGCAGAUAGCAACUGUCACAGUCAGUCUUCAGAAGCAGAUGGGAUUCCUUCAGAUGGAUAUCAGAUCAGCAUUGGCAGUGUCUUCAGCAAAUCAGGUGGUGAUCCAAGACUACUUAAAGGUUAUUGCUAAAAAUCAGAAGGAAGCAUUCAGGAUGUUCAGGCACUUUGGAACUUACACUGGCAAUUGCAAGAUAGAUGUAAUUGUCCAACACAAUAGUCCAUCCCUGAUCCCACAGCUGCCUAUUGAAGUCAAGCAAGGAGAGCUCACUUACAUUCCAUCUCAUCUGAACAUGACGGAACUGAUACUGGAAGCCCAGCAGAGCAAUCCGGAGAACUCAACUCAACAUCUAACAGACUCUGGCCUUGAUGGAUCAAAAGUUGUUGGAACCAUUGCCUCCCACUUCUCAGAUGAUGCACAAACAAAGGAGAGAUAAAACAAUCUAAGGAGCAUCAAAGAACAGUGUGGAAUUAUGCAAGGCAUUGGUGAGACUGCCGGAUCAUCAAAGCGCAGGAAGCAGUGAAGGCUCAUUUCAUCAAACCAGGGGGAAGUACGUGAAAACAUUAUUUGGUUUUGAUGAAAACACCUUCUUGUUUAAACAUGAGUUUUGGUUUAAACAUUGCUUAAUAGUUCUCUUAAUUACGCUUAUUUUGCUUGAUCAUAUUCAUUCUAAGUGUGAUUCUUGAGAUUUAUGCUUAAGCGCAUACAUUUAGGGGGAAUAUAAUUCAGGGGGAAAU